AUGGCUUCUACAAUGGAGGCAGUCGACAUUACUGUUGUGGUUGUGUACUUUGUGGUGGUCAUGGGCUUUGGCUUUUUUGCCAUGUGGAAGGCCAACCGGAGCACAGUGAGUGGAUAUUUCCUCGCUGGUCGCUCCAUGAACUGGUUUGUUAUCGGGGCAUCGCUGUUUGUCAGCAACAUUGGCAGCGAGCACUUCGUCGGCCUUGCUGGUUCAGGGGCAGCAAGUGGUUUUGCUGUUGGUGCAUGGGAGUUUAAUGCGAUCCUCCUGUUACAACUCUUAGGUUGGGUCUUCAUACCUGUGUACAUUAAUUCAGGAGUAUAUACCAUGCCUGAGUACCUCUCCAAAAGGUAUGGAGGCAAACGACUUAAAGUUUAUUUUGCUGCCCUUUCUCUUCUGCUCUACAUCUUUACCAAACUGUCCGUGGACCUCUAUGCUGGAGCUCUCUUCAUUCAAGAGUCUCUUGGCUGGAAUCUGUACCUGUCUAUCAUCUUGCUGAUCAGCAUGACUGCCCUGCUUACUGUUACAGGAGGACUGGUGGCAGUUAUCUACACUGACACCCUCCAGGCCUUUCUUAUGAUAGGUGGAGCUCUCUGCCUAACUGUAGUCAGCUUGGUGAAAGUUGGUGGCCUAGAAGGAUUGCGCAGCAAAUACAUGUCAGCUGUCCCCAAUGUCACUGCAGUCAUCUUAGAGAACAAUAUUACUUACACCAACACCUGCCAUAUACAUCCGAAGCCAGAUUCCCUCAAGAUCUUACGUGGCCCCCUAGAUGAAGACCUCCCUUGGCCAGGUUUCAUUUUUGGCCAGACCCCAGCAUCUAUUUGGUAUUGGUGUGCUGAUCAGGUAAUUGUCCAGAGGGUACUGGCAGCCCGCAAUAUUGCCCAUGCUAAGGGAUCGACCCUGAUGGCAGGUUUCCUGAAAAUACUUCCUAUGUUUGUUAUUGUGAUCCCUGGCAUGAUAGCUCGCGUUCUGUUUCCAGAAGACCUGGCCUGCAUAAGCCCUGAACACUGCUUCCAAGUUUGCAACAGUAGAGCAGGCUGCACCAAUGUGGCUUAUCCACGUCUGGUCAUGAGCGUGAUGCCAGUUGGUCUACGAGGUCUAAUGAUGGCCGUAAUGAUUGCUGCCCUCAUGAGUGACCUGGACUCUAUCUUCAACAGUGCCAGCACUAUCUUUACCUUGGACAUCUACAAAAUGGUCAGACAGAAGGCUUCUUCCAGGGAGCUCAUGGUGGUGGGCCGAGUAUUUGUGGUUUUCAUGGUGCUGGUAAGCAUUGCCUGGGUGCCUGUCAUUAUUGAAAUGCAAGGUGGACAGAUGUUUCUAUAUAUUCAGGAAGUGUCCGACUACCUCACUCCCCCGAUCGCUGCUCUCUUCUUGUUAGGCAUUCUCUGGAGGCGAUGUAAUGAAACUGGUGCAUUCUGGGGAGGUAUGACUGGGUUAUCACUGGGAGCCACCAGGCUGAUUCUUGUCUUCAUCUACCGUGAGCCAGAUUGUGAUAAGCCAGAUGACCGACCUGCCUUCAUUAAAAAUGUUCACUUCAUGUACAUGGCAGCCUUGCUGUUUUGGAGUUCAGCACUGGUUGCAGUGGUGGUUAGCCUGUGCACUGCUCCACCUAGUGAAGAGCAGAUCAGCACAACCACACUGUGGGGUCUUCGUCAGAGGAAUGAGUCUUCAGACACCGUCACUGAUGAUAUCCUCAUAGGAAGGGUCAAGAAACAAGUCCACAGCAACGGUAAUGGUGCUCUUCAUCAGGACAAUGAAAACAAGAUGCAUAUGAAUGGUGCAGACACAAAGCUGUUACCUCAAGAGACAGAAAAUGGGUCUGUGCUCCCUAGCCUUAAUGGUAACAGCUCUCUAGACUCACAGCAUGAAGAUGAAGAAGAGGGUUUCUGCAUGGAAGAUGCAAAAGGAGGAUGCACACCAUUACUAAAGUGGUUCUGUGGUCUCAAGGACAAACCAGCCAAGACUGAGACAAAAUCCCCAGAGGAGAACAGGCAGGAUGUUCUGGUGAUGCUUUAUGAACCUCCCAAAAUUAAACUUAUCCUCAACCUAAGCCUUCUUUUUAUAUGUGCUGUUGGGAUCUUCCUGUUUGUAUACUUUUCCUUAUAA